UGACAUCGCCGUGGUUUCUGCAGACGCUUCAGAGUGAAGCAUUGUGGGAUACACACAACAGUUUUGUCGAAGAUGCGUUGAACAGAAAACAUCGAUUUAAAGUUUAAAUGAUUAAACGCCAUCAAGAUGAAGAGCGUUUUCAUCCUCGAUGACAAAGCCUGGGCAGGUUCUAGUCUGCUGUAUAAGUGGCAGAAAACCCUUGGUAAUUAUAUCGCUGUUGCAGGACAGGACAACUCAGUGAAAAUAUUUGAUCGACAUGGACACAAGUGGACUGAACUCAACCUUCCGGGUCGCUGUGUGGGAAUGGACUGGGAUAAAGAUGGGGACAUUUUGGCAGUGAUAGCUGCAAAAUCCAGCUCCAUCUACCUCUGGGAUGCCAGUGUCAAUAAAACAUCCCAGAUAGACAGCGGCAUGAGAGAUCAAAUGUCCUUCAUCUUGUGGUCAAAGACAGGCCCACUGUUGGCAGUUGGGACAGUCAAAGGAAACCUGUUGAUUUACAAUCAGCAAACCUCACGCAAGAUCCCCGUACUGGGUAAGCACACCAAGAAGAUCACCUGUGGGUGCUGGAGUACUCAAAAUCUACUGGCUCUGGGAAGUGAUGACAACACUCUGAGCAUCACCAAUCAUGAAGGGGACACCGUCAGACAGACAACGCUUCGCGGUGAGCCUGCUGAGAUUUUCUUUUCGGUGAUGAAGACGGAUGCAAGGUCCGCUCAAGGAGAGAACUCUGUGAGUGUGUCUGUGGACAAGAAGAUACUGAUGCUUUUCAAUGUCAACGACCCUGAAAACCGGAUAGAAUUGACCUUUCAGCGUCACUAUGGAAACAUUGUGUCCUACCGCUGGUAUGGUGAUGGGUAUAUACUGAUUGGCUUCUCCCAUGGGUACUUUGUGGUUAUUUCCACACACAUCAGGGAGAUUGGACAGGAGCUCUAUCAGGCUCGCAACCACAAAGAUAGUCUCAACAGUGUGGCUAUCUCGUCAGCAUUAAACAAGGCUGCCUCCUGCGGUGACAACAGCAUAAAGAUCCACGAGCUGUCUGAGCUCAAAGAUAUCCACAAUGUCGUUCGACUGGAUGAUGAGACAAAAGGUCUGGACCAGCUGAGCUGGACAGAUGACGGCCAGCUGUUGGCGGUUUCCACACAGAAGGGGACGCUCCACGUCUUCCUGACCAAGCUGCCCAUCCUGGGUGACAGCUUUGGUACCCGGCUGGCCUACCUCACCUCCCUGUUGGAGGUCACUGUGUCCAACCACGUGGAGGGGGAGAGUCCUGUGGCCAUAGAAGUGGAAGUAGAGCCUACUUUCAUUGCGAUGGGACCGUACCAUGUGGCUGUGGGAAUGAACAACAGAGCCUGGUUCUACGCCUUAGUAGACCAAGAACCUGGUUUUAACAAGCUGAAGGACAUUGAGUAUUUGGGGACGAUAGCCAGCAUGUGCCUUAACUCAGACUACGCAGCAGCGCUGUUUGAGGGAAAAGUGCAGCUGCACAUGAUUGAAGGCAAAGACCAGGAGGAGAAGAAGCAGAUGAAGUUGUUUCCAGAUGAUGACAGAAAAGGUCGUAUCCUUUGCCACGCCCUCACUGCUGAUUUCCUCUACUACGGCACUGACUCAGGUAAUGUGGUGUGUGUCUUGGUGGAGGACUGGGAGACUGUGAGCAGCUACAGCCACUCGGUUGGUGUGAGGAAAGUGUUCCCUGACCUAAAUGGCACGCGGCUGGUCUUCAUCGAUGACAAGAACGGCGGCUUCCUGCUCUCCCCUGCGAACGCAACAGACACCUGCUUUGAGCUCCCCAACUUCUCUCCCACCAUCACAGGAGUGAUGUGGGACAACUGGCAUGCUGACAGAGGAGUGUUUGUAGCUUAUGAUGAUGACAAGGUCUAUACCUACGCCCUGCAUAAAACCACCAUAUAUGGCCCCCGGGUGAUGUUGGUGGGGAGCACCACGCUCCUCUUUUCCCAGAAGCCUCUGCUCUUGUACAACGGGGAGCUGACAUGUCAGACGGCGAGCGGCAAGACCAGUGAAGUGGCUCUGAGCACACACUCCUUCCUCAAGCACUCAACCAGCGCAUCAGCAGAUUCACCGCCGGAGCUCAGCAAGCAGCUCGCUCAGGCAGUCAUGCUCAAGAGGUUCCAUGAAGCCUGCGAUCUGUGUACGUCUGCAGGCAGUAGCACAGACUGGGCAGAAUUAGGCAGAGCCUGUCUGGUCCACAUGGAGGUCGAGCUGGCCAUCCAGGUCUACCGUAUGAGCGGCAAUGUGGGCAUGGUCCUGUCACUGCAGGGCGUCCAGGGUAUAGAGGACAUGAAUUUACGGGCAGGACAUUUGGCCAUGUUUCUAGGUGACUACAACCUGGCCCAGGACCUCUAUCUGUCCUCAAGCUGCCCAAUUGCUGCCCUAGAGAUGAGGAGAGACCUGCUGCAUUGGGACAGUGCACUUAUGUUAGCCAAGAGGUUAGCAGAAGACCAAAUUCCCUUUAUAUCCAAGGAAUAUGCUGUCCAUCUGGAGUUUAUUGGAGACUAUGUGAAUGCUCUGGCACACUAUGAAAAAGGCAUGGCCCACAAUAAUAAAUUCCAGGAGCACGACGAGGCAUGUCAAGCAGGUGUAGCCAGGAUGUCCAUAAGGAUGGGUGACAUCAGGAGAGGAGCUGCUCAGGCAAUUCAGCACCCAAGCAGAGUCCUCAAGAAGGAAUGUGGAGCCAUACUGGAGAGCAUGAAGCAAUUCUCUGAAGCCGCUCAGCUCUAUGAAAAAGGCCAGUAUUAUGACAAGGCUGCAUCGGUCUACAUUCGUUGCAAGAACUGGGCAAAGGUGGGUGAGUUGCUCCCACAUGUCUCCUCUCCUAAGAUCCACCUUCAGUACGCCAAGGCCAAAGAGGCGGACGGCAAGUAUAAGGAGGCUGCACGGGCCUAUGAGAGUGCGAAAGACUGGGACAACGUGAUACGCGUGCUGCUGGACCACCUGAACAACCCCGAGGACGCUGUUCGCAUUGUCAGGGAGACGCAGAGCAUCGACGGAGCAAAGAUGGUUGCCAGGUUCUUCCUGCGGUUGAGCGACUACGGCUCAGCCAUCCACUUCCUGGUUCUGUCUCAGUGCAACGAUGAAGCUUUCCAACUGGCACAGCAGCAUGGACAAAUGGAGGUCUAUGCAGACAUCAUCGGUCCUGAGGCGACGCAGGAGGACUACCAGAGCAUUGCUCUCUACUUUGAGGGAGAGAAGAAACACCUGCAGGCUGGCAAGUUCUUUCAGAAGUGUGGCCAAUACAGCAGAGCCCUGAAGCACUUCCUAAAGUGUCCCAACACUGAUGACAACCUGGCUGUCGAGAUGGCCAUUGAGACGGUGGGUCAGGCCAAGGACAGUUCUCUGACCAAUCAGCUGAUAGAUUACCUGAUGGGAGAGAGCGACGGCAUGCCCAAGGAUGCCAAGUACCUGUUCCGUCUGUAUAUGGCACUGCAGCAGUACAGGGAGGCUGCUCGCACUGCCAUCAUCAUUGCCAGAGAAGAGCAGUGUGCAGGGAACUACCGUAAUGCCCAUGAUGUGCUGUUCAGCAUGUACACGGAGCUGCAGGCCCAGAAGAUUAAAAUCCCUGCUGAGAUGGCUACCAAUCUGAUGAUCCUCCACUCCUACCUACUGGUCAAGACAGCCGACAGCAGAGAGAUGACAGGAAAAGAGGAAAGGACCAGACAUGAAACAGGGACGCUGUGGUUAAUGAUCCAUGUAAAGAGGGGAGACCACCUAAAAGGGGCACGCAUGCUCAUUCGUGUCAGCAACAAUAUCAGCAAGUUUCCCGCACAUGUUGUUCCCAUUCUGACGUCAGCAGUCAUCGAAUGUCACCGUGCUGGACUGAAGAACUCGGCCUUCGGCUUUGCUGCCAUGCUGAUGAGACCGGAGUACCGAAAUGAGAUCGACCCAAAGUACAGGAAGAAGAUCGAGGCCAUGGUUCGACGCCCAGAUACAUCGGAACUGGAGGAGGAAACCACUCCAUGUCCCUUCUGUGGUUUUCAGCUGCCACAGAACGAAUUGCUGUGUAUCUCUUGCAAGAACAACCUGCCCUACUGCAUCGCCACGGGUCGUCAUAUGCUGAAAGAAGACUGGUCUGUGUGCCCUCACUGUGAAUUUCCUGCUCUCUACUCACAGUUCAUUCUGUUGCUGGAAACGGAGACGGUGUGUCCCAUGUGCUCUGAGACUCUGAGUGUCAAACAGAUGAAGAAGAUAUCUGAUUGUUCCAAAUACCUGCAGACUGAUGAACUGGAUCAAUAAAGGAAAAAAAAACAUGUAUAUGUAUAAAUGUAAUUUGUUUAAAUACAUAAAAUAUAUAUUUUGGAUGGAAUGUGUGCAGCUUUUAGUUUGGUAUGAUGUGAAAAUCAUAAGAAUAACAAUAAUAAGAUGCUUGAUAUGCCAACAACAAAAAACAAUAAAUCAAAUAAAGACUGUA